AUGGAAGCUUCUGGGAACUUCCGCUUCCUGCCCAACCGACGCGUCACAGACAUUGCAACGGCUGAGGACGAUCCGGACAGAGUCACAGCGGUGGUGUGCGGUGACGAGGUGUUUGCGGCGGAAGCAGUGGUGUCAGCAGUGGGCAUCUCAGGCCUCAAAAACAUUGUCGCUUCGAGCCCAGCGCUGUCCAGCAGGAAGGAGUUUCUGGGCGUGGCGAACCUGGGUGCAAUUGAUGUGCUGGCAGUGCGGUUGUGGCUCGACAGGAAGAUCACCAUCCCCAAGCCAUCCAACGCGUGUUCCGGUUUUGACGAGACAACAGGGUGGACCUUCUUUGAUCUCAACGCCAUUCACGAUGAGUACAAGGACGAGCCCUGCACCGUCGUUGAAGCAGACUUUUACCACGCGAAUCAGUACCUGCCCAUGUCAGACGAGGCAAUAGUGGCAACGGUCAUGCGCUACCUCGCCACGUGCCUCCCUGCCUUCGCCUCUGCCCAAGUCACCGACAGUGCUGUCGUGCGCUUCCCCAGAGCCGUCACCCACUUCUCCCCAGGCUCCUAUCAGCACCUGUUGCCAGCCACCACCAGCUUCACCAAUCUCUUCAUGGCCGGGGACUGGAUCAUCACUUGCCAUGGCUCGUGGUCGCAG